UUGGCUUACAGCAGCAUGAGAAAGACGACUUUCUCCAUUGCCUCAGCCUACAUUUUUUGCCUUGGGGCCCGUUGGGCCCGUGGUUUCUUUCAUCUUCCUGACCAAAUCGGAAUGGCGAGCUCGCCUCCAAGAACUUUCCAUCGCAGGCCCUUGCCUGAGCCAGCCAUCGCUUUCUCGUCCUCACGAGGUCGGCAGCUCUUCAGCGAGGCAUUGGCACAAGGUGGUCUUGCUUGUUUUUUCCGACUCAUUGAGCAGUUCCAUACACAGGGAGAGCCCGCUUACUGUGGUCUGGGAACUUUGGCGAUGGUCAUGAACGCGCUGGGAGUUGACCCUGAGCGAGUAUGGAAAGGACCUUGGCGCUGGUUCAGCGAGUCACUCCUGGACUGCUGCGAGCCGUUGGAGACUGUGAAAGAGCGGGGAAUCACCUUCAGCAAAGUUGCUUGCCUUGCACGUUGCAAUGGUGCUCAUGUAGAGGCGCACAGGGCUGAUGAGCCCGAUGUGAGCUUGGAGGAUUUCCGCAGAGCUGUACGGAAGACUUGUGAGGCCGAUCCUGAGGAUGAAAACUUUCAGGUUAUUGUUGCAUCUUACAGUCGCAAGGCUCUCAACCAAACAGGUGAUGGUCACUAUUCGCCCAUUGGCGGCUACCAUUCAGAGACCGACCAGGUCUUGAUUCUUGAUGUUGCUCGCUUCAAAUACCCACCGCAUUGGGUGCCUGUGAAGACCUUAUGGGAAGCCAUGUGCCGUGUGGACCAAGAGACUGGCCGUUCCCGCGGAUUUAUGGUCAUCGGAUCCACUACGUGCUUAAAGGCAUCACGCCUUGCUCUAGUGUGGCGAUGGCCUGAAUGCAGCACUAAAGCUAAGCAGGCCGCGUCAACGCUGUCAGGCUGUUCGAAGUCUUUCUCGCAGGCACUCCUUGCCGAUCCUCUGCCUCAAAAUGCUUCAGCUGCGGCUGCAGAGGUUAUCAGACGGGCGUUGAGAUUCAUUGAGUCACCUCAAAUGCCCCUAACGGUGGUCUAUAAGGUGCCGGAAGGUCAAAGUGAUCAGGAAGUGGUGGAGGUGGCGAAGGCAUUAGGUAGGUUUGGCGAUGGGCUGAACCGUGCUUUAGGCGACGAAUGCUUUGGGAUUGAAGACGUUGGCGAUACGGUCGAGGAGCUUGGCCCAAACAGGGUUGCUGCAUCAGUCCUGGCCAUUGAGCCCUCCCUGUGGCAACAGGCCCUUGGGACAGACGUCGCAGCACAAGCGGCAUGGGAGGUUCUCAGGCCGCUGCUGCUUGACUUUCUGCAGGUGCUGAAGAAAGACAUCUUUGUUUUGCAGCAGCAAUGGGCAGACUUGCUGACUGCACGUGAGGAGAUGUGUGGUGCCAUAUGUUCUGGCUCAUGCGAACGCGCGUGCGUGCAAGCUGAGCCCAAGAGAGAAGGUUACUAAUACGUUUGGAGCCUUGGAGCUUAAACAUGAUCCAAGAAGGGCAGAUAGCAGCACAAUGACCCAAAGCUUCGCACCGAGAACUUUUCAUCGCAAGACGUGGAG